AUGGCUGACAACGUUGGACUCACGACACCAAGAGGUAGCGGUACUUCCGGCUACGUUCAGAAGAAUCGCUCUCUCCUCCGACCCCGCGACAAGGUUGCGCCGUACCAGAAAGAUUUCGAUCAUGCAAGACAUCGACCGCGCCAGCCAGACGCAGAUAUACUCGAACACGAGGCGAAGCGUGACAUCGAAGUCAAAGUGUUCGAACUGAGGGACAAGCUUGAAGAAGAAGGUGUUGACGAAGACGAAAUCGACGACCAAUGUGAAGCCCUACGCCGAAAACUCGACCAGGAACGGAAAGAUGGGAAAGAUGCUGGUCCCAACGCUAAGCGGCUGAAGUCACAUCAGGUUCACGAUCUUGCCAAAGCAAAGGCAGAGGAGAGUGACAGGAUGAGAAAAGCGUUGGGCAUCAGUGAAGACUACGAGGAGGGCAGCCACUGGCGGAAGCAAGAGGAGCGACUACGGGAGUCUCUGGCGAAGCGAGAAGCUGAAGAUGACAAGAAGGCUGAGCAAGCCAGAGAUGCGCGCCGGUAUAACGAGAAUGACUCUGAUUGA